AUAAAUACUCAGUACAGCGCGACCUGAAAAUACAAUCAAAAUGAUGCUGAACAUUCUAGCUGCAAUUUCAUUACUAACUCUUAAUUUUUGUCUAGUCGCUUCACAGUGGGACGAUUACUGUGAUGAAGAUCGAUGUAAAUUGCCCAUGUGUUUGUGUGGUAAACAAUCUCCCCCCUCUGGAAUGGAAGCCAAAGAUGUCCCUCAAUUCGUAAUGCUAACCUUCGAUUCUGCUGUAAAUUUUAACAACUUUAUCUUCUAUAGAGAGCUGAUAUUAAGAAGUGGUAGGAAAAAUAAAAAAAGUGGAUGCCCCAUCACCGCUACUUUCUUCGUUUCGCAUGAAUAUACCGAUUAUACCCUUCUGAAUCGUUUGUUUAGCAGAGGAAACGAAAUUGCCGUGCAUUCUAUAAGCCAUUCGCCGAUCGUAGACAAAUGGAAAAAUAUGAGUUACACGCAAUGGAAAGAUGAAAUUUCGGGUAUGAGAACCAUUAUCUCGAAAUUCGGACUCAUACCAGAAACUAAGAUUAGUGGUGUACGGGCUCCUUUCUUGCAAACGGGAGGCGAUACUUACUUCGAUAUGUUGUCAAAUGAAAAAUUUUUGUACGAUUCUUCCACUCCUACCUUGCGUAGAGCUGAUCCUCCUUUAUGGCCUUACACACUGGACUGGGGUCUACAGCAAGAAUGCCAAAUCGAACCGUGUCCCAGAAAAUCGCACCCAGGCAUAUGGAUGGUGCCGGUAGUCAAUUGGUUUGGACUUCCUCAGGUAGAUAAAGUAACGGGGAAUGUAUUCGAACAACCUUGCGCCAUGGUAGACGGAUGUACCCCACAUCCAACUACAGUAGAGGAAACUGUUAGUUACUUAAAGAAGAACUUCGACAGGCACUACCAUUCCGAGAGCAGAGCACCUUUUCCCAUUUUUCUAAGAGAGGGUUGGUUGCAAAAUAGAAACAGGAAAGAGGGUUUUCUAAAAUUUGUCGACGAACUACUGCAAAUGGAUGAUGUUUACUUUGUCACGGUCCGAGACGUAAUUGAUUAUUUACGCGCUCCCAAAAAUCUAACUGAGUACAACCAAACGUGUUUUAAAAUGUCCAGCAAAUGCCCCGCUCGCAGCUGUAGUUAUAGAAUGAAAGACACCGGAGCAGAAAGAAUAAUGAAAUCUUGUGUUCGAUGUCCCUCUUCCUAUCCGUGGGUCGGUAAUCCUACUGGAGAAAAAACCAACCCUUAAGCUAAACGCCAUCAAAAACUGUUUGUUAUUUCUAAUGUUUUAUUAAAUAUGUCUUCAAUUUUAUAUA